GACUCGGAGGUCAAGCUCGAGCAGCAGGCCGUCUACCUGGUGAUGGAGUGCGGCGAGAUCGACCUCGCGCACAUGCUGCAGCGGCAGCGCGGCUCGGAGCGCGACGGCACCCUCUCCGAGUCCUUCAUCUGCAUGUACUGGCAGCAGAUGCUGGCCGCGGUCAACGCCAUCCACGAGGCGCGCGUGAUCCACGCCGACCUCAAGCCCGCCAACUUCCUCUGCGUCCAGGGCUCGCUCAAGCUGAUCGACUUUGGCAUCGCCAAGCAGUCGAGCGCCGACACGACAAAGAUCGCGCGCGACUCGCAGGUCGGGACUGUCAACUACAUGUCGCCGGAGUCGAUCACGUGCGAGGGUGACGACUCCUCGGCCGAGGGCCAGUUCAAGCUCGGCCGCGCCUCGGACGUCUGGUCCCUCGGCUGCAUCCUCUACCAGAUGGUGUACGGGCACACCCCCUUCUCGCACCUGCGCACCAUCUACCAGAAGCUGCAGGCGGCGAUCCCCGACCCGAGCAAGGCAAUCGCCUUCCCGCCCACGCGCAACCCGUACAUGGUGGACGUGCUGCGGCGCUGCCUGCAGCGGCAGCCCACCCUCCGCCCUUCCAUCCCCGAGCUGCUCGACCACCCGCUCCUCCGGCCCGAGCUGCGCGGCCCGCCC